UUUUUUUUUUUUUUUUUUUUUUGGUUUUAGUAAUGCAGACACAGUAGUAAGAGGUGAACCUUUGUGUACAGCCAACAUUGAAUCCAUGUGUGCAGAGGCCAGGGAGACGGGGUCAGUGGUAGCAUUUCUGUAGGAUGUUGAGAGUUCAAAUGGAUUUCCGGUUUGGGUCUCCUGUCACCAAGCAGUAUCACUGGUGGAAGAAAGGGGGCUUGCUGUUCGUGUGCAACAAGAAUCCCUGGGUUUUGACAGUCAUGCUAUCGAGAGCUUGCUUCAUUUUCCCUUGUUUGCUGUUUCUGCGCAUGCCCUGUGCGUGCCCAGCGGCACCCCCUGUUCUUGUUCUUCGCUGAGCUUGGGACACUCUCCUUUACUGCUGUCACUCUCCUCAUCGCCGUGUGGUUUCUGACUCUAGUGUUGGAGGAUUUCAGACAGGCCAGCUGAGAAAACACUUUUUAAAAAUGUCUGCGUUUGUAUUUUUGUAUACUGCAUGUACAUGGGUGCCCACAGGUCACAGGAAGGUGAGAUCUCCUGGAGCUGGAGAUACAGGUGGUCCUGAGCUGGGACCUGAACUUCUGUCCUCUAGAAGAGCAGCAAGUGCUGAGCCAUCUCUCCAUCCCCCUAGACACAUUCUGUAAGCAGGGGAAGACAGAUUCUGCAGUAGUGGCUGUAGCAGAAGGAGCAGCUGGCUGCCAGCAAGCUUCUAUGUCCCACACCGAGACACAUGUCUUCCUAAGAUUUUAAGUCAACUGAAUCCCAUUAUUAGCAGUUAACAGUGUAAUAUAUGUGCCUGAGCUACAAGCUCUGCUAGAUGUAGAUAUGGAAAUUUGCUUUUGAAAAAAAAAAUCCCAGAAAAUUUCCAACAGAACACCAUUGACUGAAGAACAAGUGUGUCUCUUCGUUUUAACGAUUUAUUAGCAAGGUCUCAAAUCCUUUCAGGACUUGAUCUUAAGUGUGGUCUCUGUCUUCACACAGAGCACAUUUCACAGGGCUGUUUACAGUGCAUCAUUUCGUUUGACUGUAAGCCCAUCUCUAUUUUUUAAAUAUCUGGUUGCCUUUUCCUUAGCAGCAUUCAAGUAGAACUAAGUGAUGAUGUCUUCUCUUCUUCAUGCAUACGUUCUGGUGUAAGUCUUACCAAGUUACACAGUAGAGUUGCUCUACAGUUUGGUACCUGGCUCCUAGCAUGGAUUAAAUGGCUAUCGCUUGUCCUUAUCACCCAUUAGACAUAGGGAUUUAGCUGGAUUUAAAUGCUUAGCAUUACAGAUUAGCAUCUAAUAACAUGUUCUUGCAUGUAUGCUAUGAAUAUAUGAUUCUCAGACGGUUUUAAAAACAUUUUUCUUCCUAGCCUUAUUAAACUUUCUUUGCAUAAUGCACUCUAUAUCUUAUCUGCCACUGCUUAAAAUAGGUGAGUUGACCCCCUGUGUGUGACUGUCUGUUUAGGUGGUUUGACAGCCUCACCCAAGGAUGUAAAUCUGCUAUACUCAAUUCCCGUAAAUCCACACAAUCUCGAUGCUGUGGAAAUGACUCCCCAGACACCGAGGGAAGAAGGGACCAUGGUGUGUGUGCAAGGGUGGGCAGUGCCCCUUCAGACUCAGAAUGAUGAAGGACAGCGAAGAUAAGUGGAACAGAAUGAUUGCAGGCCAAGGCAAAUUUGCAUGUUAGAUCUUGAAGAUGGUACGCAUGCCAAGUUGUAAUACUAUUUGCGAAGUCUCAGUGGCCGGUGCCAAUAGGACUUGGGCCUGAUUUUAUUUGCUUAUCCUUGAAAGUCUCAGUGUCGGCUUCUGUUUCUCAGAAGUUCUUGAUGCUUAGUAGGCUUGCUCGUGCCAUUUCAUUCCUCGUGAGGUGGCUAACCCAUUGAAAAGAUGGCUUGAUCAUUAGCACAGUGCUUGGUACACCCUAGGCACUCAGAUAUGCAGGAUGAUAGGAAGAGCUAUGAAUACACCUAGAACAAAUACGCUCUGAGUGUAUUUUGGUGGUUUUCUUUCCGAGUUGUCUUGUGGCGGCUAGAUAUCCCACCUGAUAUAUCCUAUCCUUCAUCUCAGUGGUUGGGAAAAAAAAACCUAUCCAUUGUUCGUUCUUAUUGGGAAGCUGAGCAAAAUGAAAACAGUGUCUGUUUGAAGAACUGCCCCUGACAGCCACACUCACUGAUGCUGGUCCCUGCCCAUGGGUGGAGCGGUGGGGUGACUCUACUCUCAGCUGCUCAUUGGCCCAUCCUCCACCCUCUGUUUCCCUAAGAAGUCAAGUAUGGAUUGUGUCUGCUAGUUACCUUUAGCCCAGUGGGCAGCGGUGUAGGACUCGGCAUGUGACAAAUGCCCUGAAAGACCUUGGCAGGCCUGAAUUCUGCAUAGAGAACCACCAACCCAGAACCAUGGAAGUCCAUGAAUUGUUCCGGUAUUUUCGAAUGCCAGAGCUGAUUGACAUUCGGCAGUACGUGCGCACCCUUCCAACCAACACCCUCAUGGGGUUUGGGGCUUUUGCAGCGCUCACCACCUUCUGGUAUGCCACCAGGCCUAAGGCCCUGAAGCCACCAUGUGACCUCUCCAUGCAGUCAGUGGAAAUAGCGGGUACCACUGAUGGUAUUCGAAGAUCAGCAGUCCUUGAAGAUGACAAGCUCUUGGUGUACUACUACGACGAUGUCAGAACCAUGUACGAUGGCUUCCAGAGGGGGAUUCAGGUGUCAAAUAAUGGUCCUUGUUUAGGUUCUCGGAAGCCAAACCAGCCCUAUGAGUGGAUUUCCUACAAAGAGGUGGCAGAACUGGCUGAGUGCAUAGGCUCCGGGCUGAUCCAGAAGGGGUUCAAGCCUUGCUCCGAGCAGUUCAUCGGCCUCUUCUCUCAAAACAGACCCGAGUGGGUGAUCGUCGAGCAAGGAUGCUUCUCUUACUCAAUGGUGGUCGUCCCGCUCUAUGACACCCUUGGAGCUGACGCCAUCACCUACAUAGUGAACAAAGCUGAACUCUCUGUGAUUUUUGCUGACAAGCCAGAAAAAGCCAAACUCUUAUUAGAAGGUGUAGAAAACAAGUUAACACCAUGCCUUAAAAUCAUAGUCAUCAUGGACUCCUACGGCAGUGAUCUGGUGGAACGAGGCAAGAAGUGUGGGGUGGAAAUCAUCAGCCUCAAAGCUCUGGAGGACCUUGGAAGAGUGAACAGAGUGAAGCCCAAGCCUCCAGAACCCGAAGAUCUUGCGAUAAUUUGUUUCACAAGUGGAACUACAGGCAACCCCAAAGGAGCAAUGAUCACUCACCAAAACAUUAUAAACGACUGCUCAGGUUUUAUAAAAGCAACAGAGAGUGCAUUCAUCGCUUCCACAGAUGAUGUGCUGAUAUCUUUCUUGCCUCUCGCCCAUAUGUUUGAGACCGUUGUAGAGUGUGUAAUGCUGUGUCAUGGAGCUAAGAUAGGAUUUUUCCAAGGAGAUAUCAGGCUGCUUAUGGACGACCUCAAGGUGCUUCAGCCCACCAUCUUCCCUGUGGUUCCCAGGCUGCUGAACCGGAUGUUCGACAGAAUUUUUGGACAAGCAAACACUUCCUUGAAGCGAUGGCUGUUGGACUUUGCCUCCAAAAGGAAAGAGGCGGAGCUUCGCAGUGGCAUCGUCAGAAACAACAGCCUGUGGGAUAAACUCAUCUUCCACAAGAUACAGUCGAGCCUGGGUGGGAAAGUCCGGCUGAUGAUCACAGGAGCAGCCCCGGUGUCUGCCACAGUGCUGACGUUUCUGAGGACAGCGCUCGGCUGCCAGUUCUAUGAAGGCUACGGACAGACCGAGUGCACUGCUGGUUGCUGCCUGAGCUUGCCCGGAGACUGGACGGCAGGCCAUGUUGGAGCCCCCAUGCCUUGCAAUUAUGUAAAGCUUGUGGAUGUGGAAGAAAUGAAUUACCUGGCAUCCAAGGGCGAGGGUGAGGUGUGUGUGAAAGGGGCAAAUGUGUUCAAAGGCUACUUGAAAGACCCAGCAAGAACAGCUGAAGCCCUGGAUAAAGAUGGCUGGUUACACACGGGGGACAUUGGAAAAUGGCUGCCAAAUGGCACCUUGAAGAUUAUCGACAGGAAAAAGCACAUAUUUAAACUAGCCCAAGGAGAGUACAUAGCACCAGAAAAGAUUGAAAAUAUCUACCUGCGGAGUGAAGCCGUGGCCCAGGUGUUUGUCCACGGAGAAAGCUUGCAGGCCUUUCUCAUAGCAGUUGUGGUACCCGACGUUGAGAGCCUACCGUCCUGGGCACAGAAGAGAGGCUUACAAGGGUCCUUCGAAGAACUGUGCAGGAACAAGGAUAUCAAUAAAGCUAUCCUGGACGACUUGUUGAAACUUGGGAAGGAAGCCGGUCUGAAGCCAUUUGAACAGGUCAAAGGCAUUGCUGUGCACCCGGAAUUAUUUUCUAUUGACAACGGCCUUCUGACUCCAACACUGAAGGCGAAGAGGCCAGAGCUACGGAACUAUUUCAGGUCGCAGAUAGAUGAACUGUACGCCACCAUCAAGAUCUAACGUGAGGAAGGAUACUUAGAAGAAAUGGCGCAUCUCCACAAUCCUCCUCGUACCAAUGGCCUUCGAGUUGGUAACUUUGCCUGCAGCGAGUGUGGGAAAGGAAAUGCCCUGCCGCCGGACUUGUCCACGGGGUCUUACCAUAGGGAUAGUCGAGGGCACGGAACACUGCCUUACUUACAGUCACCUGUGUUGCAGCCCAUGAUCCCGGGGACACACAAUUUCCAAAACGAGCCUUAAACAUUGUAAAGGGGAACCCAUAAAAGUGCUAAGUUAUUUAAGACUUCUUCAACCAAUAAGGUGGAUGCUACAAGUUCUGUCUCCUGUUUUUCUAACUGAGGGGUUAGGACUUAUUCUUUCUGAUAUGUCUGCUGCUUGCUGCGCGUUUUGCAGCUGUCUGCUGCUCUGAAGAGCACCGUACACUGGAGGAAAGCUGUCCCUUUAAGAACAACUGUCCAGGCUGAAGAAAGUCACAGUGGACCAGAGGUUUUCCUUUUGAACCCCUCCUCCCCCUUGCCCCUUUCCCUCACCACCUCACAUACAGUACACUCACAUGACCUUUCUGGUUUGUAAGGGUUCCACACGGUCCCUGUUUGCGCCUGCUGGAACAUGAGGUUUUCAGUAAACUAAAGAGCAGACCCUCUUCAGAACAUGUGGGUGUCCAGUCUCAGAAAGAAAAAAAAAAUGGCGGCUCACUCAAACGUUCUCAGACUCCUCUCCAAAUCUGGUCUCCUGCCUCCCUCCCCCUCGUCCCAGGGGUUAUAAGAAAUCCUGCCUUAGACUCUGCAAUGAAGAUGGUAUUUCAAAGAACGCCCUGGAGCGGCCAUGCUCAACUGUGACAUCUCCACCGCUCUCCACCUGCUCCCUCGUGGAAGCAGCCCAUGUUGGUAAUGGCCACUGGGCUCCCUCGUGGAAGCAGCCCAUGUUGGUAACGGCCACUGGGCUCCCUCGUGGUUUUCCUGGCAAAUGAUAAUGCGGUGAUUACCUUGCUUUUUUUCCCCUCCCAGUUAAACUCAGGCAAAGCAUGUCUUCAAAACUAUGUAGGGAGCUGAUAUACAUGGGUACUUAUUAAAAUGGACAGUAACAAGUAAAUAUCCUUAUUAUACAACUACCUGAUUUAUGUGAAAUGCAUUUGACAAGCCAAAAAUCUGGGAUGAAGAAAUCUGAGGGGAAUAAAAUCAUACCCUGGGAUUCACUUCCCAAGGUAUAUAUAUUUUUUAAGUUAAUUUGGGAAAUUAACAGCAUUUCACUUUACUGCAAGUCUUUGCCACAUCCGACCUAUCCAAGCUGUUGUUUAUACAUUUGAAGCCACUGUUGUUGGCUGUGUGACAGUGCGUGUGUUAUUGAAGCACAACUGGGUUUGCACUAAAGAAUCAUCAUUGUAAUAACACUAUUUGGUAGCCUAACUUCAUACUCGUAUUCUUAAUUGCACAGGAAGUCGCUAAUUUGUCACAACGGGGUUUUGAAUGUUUGCUUUCAGUGUUGGCUAUUUCUAUGUUUUAUAAACCAAAACAGAAUUUCCAAAAACAAUGAAGGAAACCAAAAUAAAUAUUUCUGCAUUUGGA